AUGUUCUUCUUCUUCGUGUGCGGCGAGCACACCUUCCGCAAGGAAGUCAAGGGCUACGAGGGCAUGGUCUGCCAGUGUCACCACUGCGGGAACAUGGCGGCCAAUGUCGUCAAGAGCAAUCCAUGGUUUACGUUUUGCUGGGUUCCCGUCAUCCCCCUCUCCUUCUCCGGUUACACCGAUGUCGCAUGCCGCAUCUGCAACUUCCACCAGCCGCUCGACAACCGCCCGGACGUCAUCGCCAUGGCCAACGGCGGAGGUGGCGGAUACCCUCCUCCACAAGGCGCAUACAACGGACCCCCGCCGCAGCAAGGCCCUCCGCAGGGAGGUAACCCGCCCAUGCGAUAUAGCUGA